AUGUUGCAGGCGGUACGGCGCUCUUGCUUGGGAGCCUUCAGGGCUGCAAAUAAUGCUCUUUCGUAUCCAAAAGCGUAUCCAACAGCCCUAAAAGCUUCUACAGCUUUCCUUACAUCACGCAAGCAUUAUGGCACACAAGCUGCCUCCCCGGCGGCUGCUGCAGGCGUAACCGCUGGUCGAAUUGUCACCGUCAUCGGUGCUGUUGUUGAUGUCCAAUUCGAUGAUGCCCUGCCCCCCAUUCUGAAUGCCCUUGAAGUUGUUGGGAGAAAGCCACGCCUGAUCCUCGAAGUUGCUCAGCAUUUAGGUGAAAAUGUUGUGCGCACCAUUGCUAUGGAUGGUACCGAGGGUUUGGUGAGAGGAGAGAAAUGUCUUGACACAGGAAACCCUAUUAAAAUUCCUGUGGGCCCAGCAACACUUGGAAGAAUUAUCAACGUCAUUGGUGAACCCAUUGAUGAGAGGGGACCAAUUGACACUACCCACUUCUCUGCAAUUCAUCAAGAAGCACCAGAAUUUGUGGAAAUGAGUGUCCAGCAGGAAAUCCUCGAAACUGGCAUCAAAGUUGUUGACCUCCUUGCCCCCUAUGCCAAGGGUGGUAAAAUUGGUCUGUUUGGUGGAGCCGGUGUAGGCAAGACUGUAUUGAUUAUGGAGCUGAUUAACAACGUUGCCAAGGCUCAUGGUGGUUACUCUGUGUUUGCUGGUGUGGGUGAGAGGACACGUGAGGGCAAUGAACUUUACCAUGAAAUGAUCACAUCUGGGGUCAUCAGUCUCAAGGAUGACACCUCCAAGGUAUCCCUUGUGUACGGUCAAAUGAAUGAACCUCCAGGCGCCCGUGCUCGUGUUGCUCUGACAGGUUUGACUGUUGCUGAAUAUUUCCGUGAUGAAGAAGGACAAGAUGUGCUGCUCUUUAUUGACAACAUUUUCCGUUUCACUCAGGCAGGUUCAGAGGUAUCUGCCUUGUUGGGCCGUAUUCCAUCUGCUGUAGGUUAUCAGCCAACUCUGGCCACUGACAUGGGUGGCAUGCAGGAAAGAAUUACAACUACCAGGAAAGGUUCUAUCACUUCAGUACAGGCUAUUUACGUGCCAGCUGAUGAUUUAACUGAUCCUGCUCCUGCCACCACUUUUGCUCAUUUGGAUGCCACCACUGUGUUGUCAAGAGGAAUUGCAGAAUUGGGUAUCUAUCCCGCUGUUGAUCCUUUGGAUUCUACCUCUCGUAUUCUAGAUCCCAAUGUGGUGGGUCAAGAGCACUACGAAAUUGCUCGUAAUGUCCAGGAAAUUCUCCAGAAUUACAAAUCCCUUCAAGAUAUCAUUGCCAUUUUGGGUAUGGAUGAGUUGUCAGAAGAUGAUAAAUUGACUGUCACUCGGGCCAGAAAGAUCCAGAAAUUCUUAUCACAGCCUUUCCAGGUUGCUGAAGUUUUCACCGGUUCUCCCGGCAAAUAUGUGCCCUUGGCUGAGACCAUCAAAGGUUUUUCCUCUGUGCUCAAAGGUGAACAAGAUCACUUGCCCGAAGUUGCUUUUUACAUGAUUGGCAACCUUGAAGAAGUAAUUGCUAAAGCCGAGAAAUUGGCUGAAGAACAGUCGUGA